AUGCCUCGCGCUCGCUCCCUUCGCUCCCAAGCGAUCUCGCCCAAGCGCGAUACUUCCCCUCGACCAUCAUCUCCCACAUUUUCGGAGACCACCAAUGCUUCCGCGCUUAAUUUCGGGCCAGAGGGCCCAGAGAAGAUUAUUACUCGCGCACAUCUGAAGAUCAGUCUGCAAGGAUACGAGGACCUCUUGAGCAAAUGCGCAGCUUAUCGCGCGGCUUUGCUCACCAUGUCUCGGGCAACGGCCGGAUUUGCGGACGCGAUGGGAACUUGUGCAGGUUUGAAGGGACCCACUUACGAAUCUGGAACGCGAUUGCAGGUAGCUUCUGGGUUACAUCAUCUCAUGAGCAACCACUUUCACGUACUAGCAGAGACUCUGGACAAGCAAUUCGAGAAACCCCUUCGCCAACAUCUCGAGAACUAUCGUACUAUUGUGAACGAGCGAUCCAACUCGUAUGAGAAGGCUCUGCGUGAGAAGAGCAACAUUAUUCGCCAGACAGAGAUGGGCAACAUGAAGAGGAAAGGUCGCAACCUUCAGACUUUCCGUGAGGCGCUAGCGGUACUGCAAAGACAGGUAGAGGAGCUUGAUGAUCUGAAGGCUCAGCACUAUGAAGAAAUAAUUGAGCACGAAGAGGAGGUUUGGGACUUUGUGCAGGGCAAAGUCUGUCUCGCUGUCCGUUCGACUAUGGACGUGUUUGACAAGUUCACCAGUAAAGCCUCGGAUCCAGUGAUAGAACCGAUGCUUCAAUCUGUUCCUGAUCCUUUCGAUUCAUAUGGGCCUCCCCCUGCUGAAGAUCAGAUUUUCACUAUUUUACCACCAUUAUCCGUGAUGGCCAAUGCCCCCUCGCCCUCACCUAGUCCCCUUACUUCUUCAACUCCCGAAUUGGAUAGCAGCGAUGGUAUUGCAUCAGGGCAGAAUUCUUGGACGCCCGCGACAGGUGGAUUCUUCUCGGAUACCAGUGCUGCAUGGACAGACGUAGCAUACCCAGGAUCCCCUCGCGGCAGGUCGACGUCCAAUCCCGUGUCCCCCGCUCGUUCGGUAUCUCCGAAGGCUGUCGAUACAACCGCUGCUGCGUCUCCCCCGUUGUCCUUCAGCAGACGACACUCUCAUCCCGGUGCAGCUUCAACAUCUCCAACACACUUCCCGCGGAAGUCAGAAUCAAAACUACGCAGCGUCCUGUCUGUUAUCGACGAGACCCAUUCGCACCACAACGGUGUUACAGAUACCAUCACCAAACCAGAUGACGUGCAGCAGUUCGAACAAGCAUCUACCUCGAUAGGAAUCAACGGUACCGGUAACGCAGGAACUAGUCUGGGUUCAUGGGGUUUUCCGUUCUCAAAUGGCUAUUCUGGGAGCGACGAAAACAAUCCAACACCUCGAAAUUCUACUCUCACCAAUGCACAGUCACCAUCAUUAACGCCUCCAGGCAGCAACACACCACAUAUGGAGCGUAGUCGCAGUCCACAAUCUGACGACACGAUUCCUACUACGUAA